AUGCAUUUGCAAGCUUUUUCAAAUCUACAGAACCUUUUUCGGGGGUUCGUACCGCUACGGGCCCCUGCUAUUGAUAUUCAUCCGAAUGCAAAAUGGAUAGAAAACAGUCUCAAUAUAACUGGAGGCAAUCAAAUCCAGUACUCAGUCAGUUUGUAUGUUGAUGAUGAUCAAACAAUUUAUGUCGUUGAUCAGGUAAAUCAUCGUAUUGUGGAAUGGAAAUAUGGUGCAACGAGCGGGAAAGUAGUUGCUGGUGGAAACGGACAAGGAAAUGGCAAUAAUCAAUUAAACAAUCCACUUGAUGUGAUUGUUGACAAAGAGAGAGAUAGUUUGAUCAUUUGCGACAGGGAAAAUAAAAGAGUAGUUCGAUGGUCUCGUGCGCAUGAUGGUUCUAGUGGAGAAAUAGUCAUCCCAAAUAUCGACUGUAAAGGUUUGACAAUGGACAAGAGUAGAUUUCUCUAUGUUGUUGAUAAUGGAACACAUAAAGUGAGACGAUUCAGAAUUGAUGAUGCUGAUACUAUAGGAACAGUAGUUGCAGGUGGGAAUGGACGUGGAAAUCGUAUCGAUCAACUCGAUAGCCCCAGCUACGUAUUUGUUGAUCUAGAUGAUGCAGUGUAUGUGUCUGAUUAUGGAAAUGAUCGUGUGAUGAAAUGGGAAAAAAGUGCAAAAGAAGGCAUUAUUGUGGCUGGUGGUUAUGGUAUAGGAAAUACACUUAAACGAUUGGCAGGUCCUCAAGGACUUGUUGUUGAUCAGUCGAGUACUGUUUAUGUGGCUGAUGAAUACAAUCAUCGUAUAAUGCGUUGGCCAAAAGGAAGCCCACAGGGAAGUGUGAUUGUUGGCGGAAAUGAUUCGGAAGGACAGUCGAGACAAAUAAAUUUUCCCGUUGGAUUAUCAUUCGAUCGACAAGGCAACCUUUAUGUCGUUGAUUUGGGGAAAAGGGAAGUAAAAAAGUUUAAUAUUCAAUAG